AUGUCGUCGUUUUUCGGUCUGUCAAAGACGCGGACCUUUAAGCCGAAGCGCAACAUCCCCGAGGGCACGAAACAGUACCAGCUCAAGCGGUACGCCGAAGCCACGCUCGGCAGCGGCAACCUCCGUCUCGCCGUCGUGCUGCCCGAGGGCGAGGACCUCGACGAGUGGCUGGCCGUCAACACCGUUGACUUUUUCAACCACGUCAACAUGCUCUAUGGCACCAUUACCGAGUUCUGCACGCCUUCCGAGUGCCCGGUGAUGUGCGCCGGCCCGCGCUUCGAGUACCACUGGCAAGACGCCGCGUCGGCGCUGUACAAGCGGCCCACCAAGAUGUCGGCGCCCGAGUACGUCGACUGCCUCAUGAACUGGAUCCAGAACCAGCUCGACGACGAGGCCACCUUCCCCAGCAAGGUCGGCGUGCCCUUUGCCAAAAACUUCCACGCCACCGUCAAGUCGAUCCUCCGCCGCCUCUUCCGCGUCUACGCCCAUAUCUACAACCACCACUUUAGCCAGGUCUGCGCGCUCAGCAUCGAAGCGCAUCUCAACACGUCCUACCGCCACUUUUUGCUCUUCAUCACCGAGUUCCAGCUCGUCGAGCCGCGGGAGCUGGCCCCACUGACCGAGCUCAACGAGGCCAUCCUGGCAGAGGCCUGA